AUGGAUUCAUCUUUGUUUGAGAGAUUGAUCCUCUUCAUUCUCUUUUGUCAUUCUUUUAUACAUUGUUCAAGUGUUUCAAAACGAGAAUUGAAACGUCCUGAAUCGGUCUUAGGAGAGGUUUACGAAUUUGUAGGUUAUAAUGAAGUGACUCAGUCUUAUUUAAUUGAUUACUCAACUCCAUACCAAGUUCCUCUUGAAGACAUUCGAGCUUUGAAGAAAAAACCAACUUUAAAAACUCAUGGAUUCACCUAUGUUUCCGGAAGACCUGUGACCGGAAUCGAAAAAUUAGUGACAUCCUCGGAUGAACACAGAGACGCCUUAAACGCCGAUGCUGUUAAACUUGUGAAAGAGCUCAUGGGGUCGAAACCGACAGUUACCUUUGGAACUGGUUUUAGAGACCUAACUAAACUUGGACCGAUGAAUUCAGCUCCAGUGAUUCACUCUGACUUGUCACCAGAAGGGGCUGCAUGGAAAAAAUUCGUUACACAAAAUCGAUUGUUCGGUUCAACGGAUCCAGAUCAAAUCAAAUUUGCAAAGCACUUGAAGGAAGGUAAAGAUGUGGUGAUCUUAAACGUUUGGAGGCCGAUCCGGACGGUCAAAGACAAUCAUCUUGGGUUUUGCAAGUGGGAUACACUUUUGAAAGAAGACGCCUUGCCACGGAACAUCAAACCAACAGAGGCCUCAAAUGCACUUCAGCCGUGGAAGUAUCGACCCGGUCAAAGGUGGUAUUACUUGAGUGAACAACAGCCAGAUGAAGCUUUUAUAUUCAUGCAACACGACAGCACAGCAAGAGAUGGACACGGGAUUAAUGUUGCGCAUGCUUCUAUCAAUCUCAAAGGUCACAAAGAUCCUUUUACAAGAGCGAGUUUUGAAACGAAAGUCAUGGUGAUUGUCGAUCCACCGAUAAUAAGAAGACUUUCAAGAAUAUGGGAACGCAUUAAAUCAAGUUUGACAAAAUGA